AUGGAGGCUGGUAACGGAGUAAAGGGGCAGCAGUCGCAUGUGGCCGUGCUCGCCUUCCCCUUCGGAAGCCACCCCGCAGUCCUCCACGCUCUCGCCUGCCGCCUCCCCGCCGCGGCCCCUCACGUCGCCUUCUCCUUCGUCAACUCCGCCAAGUCCAACGCCACCCUCGCCGCCGUCGACUCUGCGUCACCAAACCUGAAGUUCUAUGACGUGGACGACGGGUGUCCGGCAGACAGCACCUUCGAUCUCAGGAAGCCAGAGGAGGAAAUCGACAACUUCAUGCGGGUCACCCCCGGAAACUUCCGAGAGGGGAUGGAGGAGGCGGUCCGUAGUACUGGCGGGGCGACAAUAAGCGUGAUAAGUGACUGCUUCCUCUGGUUCGCCGGGGACCUGGCGGCAGAGCUCGGGGUGCCGGUCCCGUGGGUGGGGCUGUGGAACGGAGGUCCCCGGAGCUUGUCGGUCCAUCUCUACACUGACUUGCUCCGCGAAACCGUCGGCGCCGGAGGGAAGGGACCCUCUGAUGUGGAAUCCAAGGUUGACGAUGACCUCGGCUUUCUCCCCGGAAUGGCCGGCACGCGCCUCCGCGACUUGCCGGGAGGAGUCGUCUCCGGCAAUCUCAACUCCGUCUUCGCCCGCCUCCUCCACAGAAUGGGCCUCGAGCUACCACGCGCUUCGGCGCCAGUGAUCAACACCUUCGAAGGUCUCGACCCCGCCGUGCUCAUCGACUUCCACGCCAAGUUCAAAAGAUGUCUCCCUCUGGGACCGCUCAACCUCCUAUGCCCGCCGCCGUUGCGGCCCGACUCCACCGGCUGCCUGGAGUGGCUGGACCGUCUGGCCCACGGCGAGGUGGUAUACAUCGGCUUCGGCAGCUUUGCGAUCCCUCCGCCGGCGGAGCUAGCGGAGCUGGCCGAGGGGCUCGAAGCCAGUGGAACCCCCUUCUUGUGGUCGUUGAAAGAGAAGUUCUGGACCCUCCUGCCGGCCGGUUUCCUCGCCCGGACGGCCGGCCUGGGGCUGGUAACGACGUGGACCCCUCAGCUGCGCGUCUUGGAGCAUCCCGCCGUCGGGGUCUUUGUGACCCACUGCGGGUGGAACUCCGUGCUGGAGAGCCUCUCCGGCGGCGUUCCCAUGGUGUGUUGCCCCAUUCUUGGCGACCAACAUAUCAACGCGCGUGCCAUCUCACACACGUGGGAGAUCGGAGUGGCCUUCCUAAAGAAGACAAUGACCAAGGAUGAGGUCACCAAGGCUCUCCACGUGGUCCUCAGGACGGCGGAGGGGAAGAAGAUGAAGGAGAGGGCAUGUGCCCUAUGGGCGGUGGCACUCCAGCAAGUUCAGCCUGGUGGCAGCUCGUCCGAGAACCUCCGUGCCCUCGUAGCAAUAGUCUCUGCUUCUCGUUGGGUGGCAAGUGAGUGA